AUGUAUGUAUCAAGCACCUAUUACACAUUUGAUCAGGAAGAAAUCCCCGACACCGUCCCCGAAAUAACCCACUCCGACUCCGGCGUCCACACCAUCGGCGGCGGAAACCACGAAAACUCCAUCCCUUCUUACUCCGACCAACAAAAAGCCCAAGAAACACGUGACUCUGCCUCCGCAGCCCGCGACCAAGCCUCUGCCUCCUUCCAAAACGCCUCCGACACCGCCAAAGCCUCCCUCGAUCAAGCCUCCCAAGACGCCAAGGCAUUCAUGACCCGAGCCGAGAGCGGCGCGAAAAAGACCGAAGCGCAAGGAGCGAAGAAAUACCAGAAUUUCACCAAAGAGGCCGGGAACAAAGACUGGGAGAAGUUAUCCAAAGACGCGCAGAAGCAAUAUCAACAACUCGCUUCCGAGGCCGGGGAGGAAUGGGAGGAUGUGAAAGUCCAAAGUAAGAAGGCCGGGGAGAAGGCGAAGAAAGAAGGUAAGGAGGCGGAGCGGUGGGCGGACAAGAAUAAGGGCAAUCCCGUUGUAGUGGGGAAUUUGGUCGUGGUGGCGGCGAUGGGUGCGUUGUUGGGGACGGGGGGGUAUAGGAUGCACAAGGCGGGGAGGUUGACGUGGAAGGUUGCUGGGGCGUGGGCUGGGGCGGUGGGGCUUUUUGCUGUGGGGGAUUAUUUCGUGAGCCAAUGGCUGUUUAGGAACAAGUACCCGCCGAAGAACUAG